GGAGAACUGAAGCUAGACUGAGGAUUCUCCAUUCCCUAGAAUCCCUCCCCUAUAGAAGAGAAUGUCAAGGGCUGUUUGGUUUAAAUAUUUUAAAAACCAGCAAUGAGCCCUUGGCUUCUACAAAAAAAUGAUAUAGGCCGCUAUCCGAAAUUGUUAGUCAGUCAUCCCCGAGACAUGGACACGCUGCGUACUCUGGAGCCCUUGCACCACAUCUGCCGAGUUGCGAAUCUGUGGCACUGGCGACUGGCCCCUCCGCCAGACGCCGACGGCCUUCUGCUCCGACGAUCGCGCUGGCUGGAGGCCUACGGCUGGAGCGUCUUUGUGGCCGCCACCUGCGUCGCCGCCUACGGCCUGUUCGUGGAGGGCGCCGAGAAGGACCCCGACGAGACGACCGUCACCAGCAUCGGGCAUACGGUCGACUUCAUCCAGCUGGUAAGCAUGCGGGUGGCCCACUUGGCCGCCCUGCUGGAGGCCGUGUGGCAGCGGAAGGUGCAGCGAGAACUUUUCGCGGAGCUUGGCGAGAUCGAGCGCCUGCUGGCAAUGGAGCUACACGCGGACGUGGAUGGGGGCCGUCAGGGGCUGCGCCGCCAGCUCGGACGACAAGCCGUGUGGCUGCUCUGGGGCUACGCGGUUAGCCAGAGCCUGAUUUUGGUCGCCAAGCUGCUGGGGCCCGGGCAUGUCUUUCCCGUCUACUGGAUCUACUAUUUGCUGCCCUUGCUGGUAUGCGGUUUGCGCUACUUCCAGAUCUUCACCGCAGUACAGACCAUCCGCUGGCACCUCGACAUUUUACUCCAGGCCCUGCAGCAGCUGCAAGAAAAGGGGGUGGUGGUCGGAGACCACGGAGGAAGCUGCAUGGAGGCAGAGGACCUGGCCAUGAAACGCCUCGUGGCUGUGCGACUGAUCUACCAACGCGUCUGGGCGUUGGUUUCCCUGGUGAACCGCGGCUAUGGCAUCUCCAUGCUCCUUCUGGUUGGCAACGAUUUUCUGGCCAUAACCUCCAACUGUUACUGGAUAUUCCUCAGCUUCCGACAGUCGGACGCCUCGCUGGGUGACAUCCUAAACAUCCUGGCCAGCGCCCUGUGGUCCGCCCCCCAUUUGGGCAACGUCCUUAUUCUAUCGCUGCUCUGCGACCGCACCACCCAGUGUGGCACCCGCCUGGCCUUGGGCCUUCACCAGGUGAGCGUAAAUCUGCGAAACGACGUCCACAACGCCUUGAUAACUCAGUUCUCGCUGCAGUUGCUCCACCAGCGCCUUCACUUUAGUGCCUCCGGAUUCUUCAACGUGGACUGCACCCUCCUUUACACGAUCGUGGGCGCCACCACCACCUACCUGAUCAUCCUGAUACAAUUCCACAUGAGCGAGGGCUCUGAAGCAGGAUCAGGAAAACACGACUAGGAAUCAUCCAACAUCGCCUAGCUCUGUGAAUUCAUACCCGAUCCGAAAGCGUAUCCUUUCUUAUUUUUGAAACUUUAUCAUCUUUUUAUGGCUUCUCAUGAUCAUAACUUAGCUUAUAGGACUCUGAUCCAGGAAUGGUACAUCUAUCCGAUUUAUAAUCUAUUUUUGGAUGCAGAUCUAUGCCGAUUAGUGUCCUGAUUUAUAAAGUGUAUACCGUUUUGGAAUCCAUUGCGAAACAGUGAAAAUAUUGACUAAAACGUGCAUCAGAAGUUCAUAAUUUGAACCAAUAAAAAAAUUCAAAAACCGAAUCUCAAUUAUUUUCGUUUCUGAAAGGGAAAAGUCUAUUACUCGCCUAAUACUUGGCAGAUCAUGUAAUUUUAUACCUUUUUCCGAUCUUAGAACUGUGAGUAGAAACACUAUAUUUUAUAUAAAACCUAGCUAAAUAAUUUUUAAUUUAUAAAUAUAGAACUAUUAUAUAGAAAACGGAUUGAGCAUCAACAUACUGAUCCUGUAUUUCGAGUUUCUUAUUUUGCAAAGCGAACGAUUAUUCUAAGUAUUGAUUAAGUUGAAAUAUUUUAAUAUUCCCACCUCUAACUGAACUAAACAAUCGAUUAACGAACCUGUUUUUAAAUUUCUCACCUCUAGUAUAAUAUUUUGAAUUUCCCACCACUAACUAGGCGAUCUAAAAAUAUCGAUGGUUGACCCGGUUUUUAAAUAUCUCACCACUUGUAAAUUAUUUUGAAUUUUCCACCUCCAACGCGGCAAUUUAAAAAUAUCUAUGAACUAACCGGAAUUUAAAUUCCCCUUCUUUAGCGAAGGACAAUUUUAAAUCACCAUAAAUCAUAUACUUUACAAACCUAAUAUUGAAUUCCUCACCUCAACAGGAAAACGAAGGUCUCCUGGAUAUGACAAAUGCAUCAGGAGAUUUGCAGGGUACCAUGAACAAAAUGAACACAAAGGCGACAUUCCACAAAGUACUGCGGCACGUUAAUGUAGAAGGACGGUGAAUAGCAGAGGUGGAAAGAAAGUAUUCGUAGUACCAAUUUAUACACGAUCGGUUCUUACAGACACGACAUUUUUUAAAUUAAA